UUAUUUUGAAAUGGAGACGUGACACCGGAAGCGGAUGUGCAACACGGAAUCUUUUCAGGAACGCACAAGCCGCCAUGUAGGACAGCGAACGUUACUUUUACACGGAAGAAAGACAGUUGUUGUGUUUAAAGUCCAACUGAUUCUGAAUUAAGUUACUAUUUUAGCUUAAAAAUGCGCCGCGAACUGGCGGACACAGCGGGCUGAGUUUUUGAUUUUACAGAAGAAAGAUGGAGGGGAGGUUCGGCAGCGAAGUCGCGUCAAUCGUGGAAGUCGCCAUUCAGGCGAUCGUGUCUGUUUUCAGGGAUGUCUGGGCGAAAGAGGCGCCAAACACGGUGUGGGAGGAGGCGAAGUUCGGGGAAGUCCAGGAGAUAGAGAAGUGUCUGGUGGUUCAGAUCCACAAAGUGUUCACGGAGUUCUCCUCGGAGCUGUUUGAGGAGAACGAGGCUCUGCGGGCCAAAGUGGAGCAGCUGGAGGAUGUGCUGCAGAGGAAAGCCGGGCAGCUGGAGCAGGAGCUGGAGGCCAGAGUGGGUCAGCUGGGCAGAGAGAUGGAGCAGCUGGAGAAGGAGCUGAAGAGCAUCAGUGAUGGCAGCAACAAGACACACGGAGGCCCGACCCACAUCCUGCUGCAGGACGGCUCAGUGAUAGGAGCACCAGUGUUGUCGGUCUCCACCAGUCCUGCUGCCCCAAAACCUGCUGCCAACCUGGUUGCUGUGAAGGAAUCCACCUCAAACCCUCCUCCGGUUUCAGCAGGAAGCUCUGAAGCCAUUCCCAGCUCCACAGCUGUAUCUGCGACUGUCCCUCAACCUGCAAUAGCCCCGAUGGUGUUUGUUGGCAGAGUCAGCGCCGCUCCCACGGUGCUGUUGGUGGGUGCCAGCCAAGUCGUCACCCAGCCCCCCGCACCAACGACGGCUGUCUCUGAAACGACGGGAACAACGCAGCUCGUCCUCAAACCAGCAGCCUCGCCUCAAGACGUCCCCAGUCCAGACUCCAGCACCGUCAGUGGUGUCGACUCAGCACAGGAAAAGAAAUCUGUUGAAGAGGCACCUUCAGGGAGAACGAGGAGGAUGAGGAGAGCAACUUCUAAAACUGAAGACGUUUCCACUGAAAACAGCACCGAAGAGAAAAAAAUCAAGUCAGGUGGAGUGCAGGGAAGACGGCUAAAAAAGACAGAGUCGCGGACAGUGAAGCGGUUCUCCUGUGAGCUUUGUAACGUCAGUUUUCAUUGGAAAGGUGAAUUGAAGAAGCACAUGAAGGUCCACAACAAGCCUUUUCCUUGUGAGCAGUGCGGCAGAAGUUUCCUUGAAAAGAAGUCUCUGGAAAAUCACCUUUUGCGUCAUGAGGCAAGUAAAGCCCCCUUGCCCUUCCCCUGUCCUCAGUGUAAAAGAUCGUACCGAAAAGAGCUGUCGCUUCAGAAUCACCUCAAGCGUCACCAGCGGUUGAAACCACCAAAGCCGUUCGCCUGCGAUCAGUGUGGGAAAACAUUCAGAAUUCAGCAGUCUCUGGAAAACCACCUCUUACGCCACGAGAAGUGGAAGCAAAUGUUGAAGUGCCAGCUUUGUGACAAGACUGUCAAGACGUCGGUCCAGCUGAAAUGUCACAUGGCCGUACACUCGGAAGACAGACCGUUCAGCUGUGCAACAUGUGGGAAGGAGUUUAAGAGUAAAGACACCCUUCGCUUCCAUCAGAUGGUUCACACAAACGCCAAAAAAUACAAAUGCACAAUGUGCGACGAGACUUUCAAAUAUGCCCACUCCCUGACUGUGCAUAAGAGGAAACACACAGGCGUCACUCCGUUCAUAUGCACUGUGUGUAACAGGUCCUACAGGACUGGCACUGCUUUGAAGAGACACAGCGUAGUCCACACUGGGGAGAAACCGUUCACCUGUCACAUAUGUGGAGCAAGGUUCAGCCUGAACAACAACCUCAAGAGGCACCUUCGCAUUCACACAGGAGAGAAGCCGUUCACCUGCCAGGCGUGUGGCAAGAGCUUCUCAGACAACAACAAGCUGAAGUCCCACAUGCUCAUCCACGGUGCCAGAAAACCUUUUAUGUGUGAUCUGUGCGGGAAGACCUUCCUCUUCAACUGCAGGCUGCUGAUACAUCAGAGAUACGUGCAUGCUGACAGGAAUGAGGAAACGGAAGGCACACAAAGAUUUUCCCAGACUAGAAAGCGAAACAAGCCGUUGGUUAAACCAUUCAGCUGCAAAAUAUGUCUGAAAGGUUUCAGCGCCGCAUGUUCUCUCAAACUUCAUGAAAGAGGCCACAGUGAGCACAAGGAGUUCAACUGCAGCAUAUGUGGGAAGUCUUUUCAUAACAAAUACUCUUUCGGCUAUCAUCAGAGAAGCCACUCGGGGGAGAAGCCCUUUGUUUGUGAUGUGUGCGGGAAGAGAUUCUUCCAUGCCGGUAGUCUGAAGCAGCACGAGCGGAUUCACACUGGUGAAAAACCGUACAAGUGUGACCAGUGCGGCAAGGCCUUCAGAACAGACGGAAACUUCUACAGACACAUGCGGAUCCACACGGGUGAGAAGCCAUUUGAAUGUUUGUACUGUCACAGGAAGUUCCACCAGUCAAAUCAGCUCAAGUCCCACAUGCAGGUCCACACCGGGCAGAAGCUCUACUCGUGCCAGCAGUGUGGCCGGGGCUUCUCUGAUUCAAGGCAGCUCAAGAAGCACAGCUGUGACGGCUCAUAGGCGAUGUGAUGCUGUGGCGCCCACCAGAAGGCUCAAACAGCGGCGUGUUUGUGUUAAGGGAAACAAAAUUACUUGUGUGUGGCUCUAUGCUCAAAAUACUGCAAAGCAAAACAAGAAGUGACACUGACAAAAAUAACUUCAUCUUCAUAAUCUGUUGUUGAGAGCUGGUACAACAAAUAUGGUGAGUUGUGGCAAUCAUUAAGUAAAAUACAAAACAGUUGCUUGUGAUAGUUUCACAGUGGCAAAGGGAUGCUUGUUUGUCUUCAUAUUAUGAACUGGUGGCUUUUGUUUUGGCUGUUUGUCAACUAAGGAGUUUUAACUCUUCAGGGCUGUGGUAACUCUCACUUGUCAUUACUCUUGAAAUGCCACAGUUAAGGGAUUAAUUAAAAGUAAUUAAUACAGUAAUUGAUAGUAAAAGUAGCUCCAGCUCUACUCAGUUAGUAUUCAGAGGUUAGCAGCGUUAUUCGUGGCAUUUAUAGUCUGUUUUUUCUUUUUGUUUCGGUAACCUCAGCUGUUAAACAUUGAAAACACAGAUACUACUAUUUACCUUUUCAUAAAACAUUGAGGCCAUUUAAAAACCACAAAGUUACACAUGUGAAACCCAAAAUAGGUGUUGAGGUAAGAUACCUCUGUAAAUGUUUUGAAGAUAAUAAAUGCAGCAAAGAUGCCAGCUUGUUUUCAAGGCGUGUAUUGGGACUGAAAAUAACUCCUAUUUCUGUUCACCAGCUGUUGAUAUUAAAGUGAAGAUAAAGGUAAUUAUUUUUAAUGGCAAUUUUAUUUUUAGUUUUUUUGAAAGAUUUCUUUUACUAUUUUGUUUUAAUUUAUGUUUUGUGAAUUCAUAAUAAUCCGAUAGAAUGCCAUUUAAAAUGUAAUUAUUUUCAAACAAAAAAUUGAAAUUGUAAUAUUACAAAUGUACAGUUCUGUGUAAUAUGGCACUGUAUAUACUUUUUUCGUUUGUUAUUGUAAUUAAAGAAUAUUUGCAAUCGAA